AUGGAGAACCCCACACCGCUUCGCCGGAAUAGCGUCGUUACCCAGGGCAGCGCCGCCAUGGCCAUCAAACAGCGCCGCCUGAACGGCUCGCUCGAGUCGGAUGCAUCCAUGGCCCUGGCCUUGUCCAUCGAUGGAUCUGCCCGCGGCUCCCCUGCUCCAGCCUCGCUGUCGUCGACCGUCCGCCGCUCUCCUUCGGCUGGCUCUGCUGUCCCCAUGAAGCACGACACAGCUGGGUCCUCGCCUCGCAGCUCGUCUGAGAGCCCAAAGACCCUGGAGGAGUACCGAGCCCAGAUCCAGCGAGAGACCAAAAACACUUCGUCCUUUGUGUCUGUCGGCCAUCUGCUCUACAACCUCUACUAUCGCGACAAGCGCAUGAAGAACCAGCGCGAGUUCCUAGAGUGGACCCGCAAUAGCCUGGGCUUCUCAAAAUCUACCACCUACGAGUACAUCAUUUCCUACCGAGUCUAUUCCGACAUUGAUGCCAAGUUACCGCCAACCCAUCGCCCCCCGAUGUAUCAGUCUCAUUGCCAGCUUCUGUCCAAGGUGCCCUCAGACAAGGUCGUCGACGUCUGGCUCGAUGUCUGUCGCAAGGCCCCCAAGAACAACGUCACCACAGCCUUCCUCGAAAAGUACCUCGAUGACCACAAUCUGCGGCCCAAGGCCAGCAAGUCUCGACCCUCCAAGCACACAAAGCCGUCCCUGUCGCCAGACUCGCCCACGCCCGAGCCCUCUCAUGACGAGUUUGACGAUGACUACGACGACGAAUCGGACGGCUCUGGUCCCGUUCUCCGCCACCAUGCCGCUCGCAAGAACAGCACCGCGUCGUCUCGUAGUCGCCGAACAGCCGAACGGACCCAGAGCUUUAGUACCUUCAGCCGAACAGCGCCAAGUGCUUCCGCUGUCAAUGCGGCCUCGCCCUUCAAGCUCGCCCAGACGGCCUCUGCCACGGGCACCCAGCUCUAUCCCUCGCCACCACACGAUGCCAAGCUCAAUACCAACCCCGAUUUGAUGCCGCUUCCGCCGCCACAUCAGAUUGGUACCGUGGACAUUGCUACCCCCAACAGCGCCAACAAAGUCACCCUCCAGAACGGCUCUGUGUACACCCAGAGUAUAUUCUCCUCGGGACUGGAUCGCAUGGCUCAGCCUGGCCUGAGCGAGUAUGACAAGGUCGGGCUGGAAAGGACCCACGCCCCCAAGAACGAAAAUGGUCUGCCGGUCGAAGACUGCACGUGCGUUUGCAGCCACGAGACCGGCGUAUCCGAGACCACAUUUGAAAUGGAUCCCCUCUAUCGUGUGAGCCACCGCGUUGUCGUAGAUGACAGCGGAAGCGGAGGAUUCAGUCUGGUCAUCCAUAGUCACAGCGACAUUAUUGCCUCGACCGUCAACCCCUGGGAAGGUCGCAUGUACGGCAACUUUACGAGUCUGCGCUCGCGAACAUCCCGCUCGUACUACCCCAGCUGCAUCAAGCCGUCUCCGGAUCUUGUCGAGGCGUACUGCCAGCCCGCCGUCCCCGAGAGCUCGGAGCUCAAGAUCGAGGACAUUCUAACCCAUCUGUUCACCCGGUGGUCGCGAAGAGAGUACAUCGAGGGCGUCUUUAUUGUCCGAGCCGAGAUCGGAGCUGCCUGGUUCACACCCAUUCUGCUCCACCCACACUGCUUCAUCAAAGUCCCCAAUCCCACUCUGGCUGAAUAUGCUCGCGCGGCCCAGCACGGCCAUCAACUGCGACACUCUGGCUCAUGCCAGACCGCUGCUGCCGGCCAGGAGCUUGGCAAGCGCAAGCGCACCCACACUGAUGCAACCGAAGAUGGCCUCUAUGGCGAGUCGAUCGACGAUGAGAUUUGCGACCAAUGUCACAAAGUCGCCUAUCGUCCUCAUGAAACCCUUGUUGCCUUCUAUCUUGGCCAAAACGUUUCGAGAUUCUGCCGAGUCUUUGGCGAGAUCGGCUUCAUUCCGGGCUACAAUACCUGGUCCAACCCUGUCGCAAACAAGAUCGAUACUGACUUUGGCAUCCCUCCAAGCAUGCUGUCGACGAGCCUUGGGCUUGACAGCACAGUGUUGGCCUCCUCGAAUGACCUGGGAUACCGCGCCAACUCGGCUCUCGGUGCUUCGCUGAACGGCCAUCCAGGUGCCGGGAUGAGCAUGUACCAACUUGCGCAGACGCCGACACAGCUGAUCCGCACCCAGGUGAACGGCCAAACCUCCCAGCCCACGAUGAUGUUCACUGGCCACCCAACGAUCCACACGCAGAUGCCGGCCACGAUGCGAGCGAUCGGCGGCAACGGGCUGGUGAGCGAGCCCGAGACGAUGCUUUUGAUGGGACACAACGCCGCCCUUGUCGCCGACUGCCAUAGCUACCCCUUCGAUGCUUCGGCAGGCCCAAAAAUGUAUCAGGGGAACGAUGAGGCACUCGGCAAUCUCAUUCGCCAAGCGCCACUAACGGCACCUUCGACGCCAGCACAAGUCGGCCGUGUUUCCAAUGGCGGGGGCUUAAAAGGGCCCGUCGGGUCGAUGACGCCAAUGCAGUCGCUGCAGUCUAUGCAAUCGAUCCAGUCCAUUCAAUCGAUGCAACCGAUUGGAUUCGUUGAUGCCGGAGCUCCGCCGAUGGGACUUGUUCGCGACCGCGACGACGCCGCCAUAAACAACCAGUUCCAAAAGAUGGCGAUGGAAAAGUCUGAGAACUGA